UCAUGAAGACCAAGGAGCACACCAGACAGGUCAUGGAUAUAGUUAAAGCAUGCUUGAAACAUGCUUUAUAUAAUGUCUUUUGAACAUCUCAAACCAAAUACAACUAUUUACAGGUUGUUACAAGCCCUGUAGAAGACACAACUAAGAUGCACUGGUUAGAUGGUGCUACAUGCAGAAGACAGUGGGAGGCAGACAGCUAACAUUGCAUAUCACCCUGAAUGUGCCACCCCAGCAGCAAAAUAUGGAAAUUGAAGUAUCAUGCAGGAGGAUGUUUUCAGUAAGAUAGGAUAACGAGAACUGAGAUGAUGGGUGGAGCUAAACGCAGAGAGAUCCUGGAGGAGACUUGCUAGAAAUCGCACAGAACGUGAGGUUUGUGACUACCUUCUUGGUGCCAUGAGAGAAAAAGCCCUUCCAAUGGGCAUAUCAGCAGAUACUCUUCACCGAUGAACAUUUGUUACAUCAAUCCAUUCACCAAUUUGGAAAUCAUCAACAUAAGAAACAUAUCUUUGACUUCUUGAACUGUGUUAAAAAUGGAGAACCUCAAUGCUUGUGCUACUGCUUGGCACAUCUAUAUGUCAGGAUAAAUGGAUUUUCAGAGAAGAAUCUUUUACCUUCAGAACAUCUUCUGCAAAGUAUGUUAGUGAAAAUGACAGACCCAAAGUUUAUGCUGAAGUCAGUGAACUGAGCAUCAACGAUCCACAUGAGCUCAUAAGUGAUUUAGCAGCAGCUGAUAUCACCUGCAGAAACAAAAGAAUGAUGGCACUCAUAUAGCUGCGCCACGCCAGCGUUGCCGUGGCUGGUCGUCACAGGACGGCCACUUCUGUCUGCCAUGACCCGGCUGAUGUUGGGCCGGACUCUGGAGCGCAUCUGCAAAGGCGUCCUGCUGCUCUGCCUGCUCCACUUCCUCAUCAUGAUGAUCCUGUACUUCGACGUCUACUCACAGCGAUUUGACCUUUUCAGCCGCUUCAACAACGGCAGAAACGGGUCCAGGAAUAACGGGAGCGGAACGAGCAGCGGACAUCAUUAUUACUACUACAACCUUUCGAGACCAAAUGCGACAUCAGCCACUUACCUGGCUGCUGCUGAACAGCUGGUCCCGAGUGUGCAGCCUGAGAACAAUCAGACACCUUCUCCCAAACCGCUGCCACCGUGUCCGGAGAAUCCACCAGGCCUGGUGGGGCGCUUGCUGAUAGAGUUCAGUUCCCAGAUGACAAUGGAAAGACUGCAGAAAGAAAACCCAAACGUCACAGAGGGAGGCCGAUACAAGCCGCCUGACUGCCGGCCGCGGUGGAAGGUUGCCAUCAUUAUCCCAUUCCGUCACAGAGAGAAUCACCUGAAGUACUGGCUCCACUAUCUCCACCCUAUCCUCAGACGGCAGAAGAUUGACUACGGCAUCUACAUCAUCAACCAGCUGGGUGAAGAUACAUUCAAUCGGGCAAAGUUGUUGAAUGUUGGCUACACGGAGGCUCUAAAGGAUGCCGAGUAUGACUGUUUCAUCUUCAGUGACGUGGAUCUGAUCCCUAUGGACGACCGGAACCUGUAUCACUGUUAUGACCAGCCCAGGCACUUUGCCAUCGCAAUGGACAAGUUUGGCUUCAGGUUGCCCUAUGCUGGUUACUUUGGAGGAGUUUCAGGGCUCAGUAAAAAGCAGUUUCUAAAAAUCAAUGGCUUUCCAAACGAGUACUGGGGCUGGGGAGGAGAGGAUGACGACAUCUAUAACCGGAUCACUCUCAACGGGAUGAAGGUGUCCAGGCCAGACGUUCGCAUCGGCCGCUACAGAAUGAUUAAGCAUGAGAGGGACAAACACAACGAGCCAAACCCACAAAGCUUCUGAUUUCCAAUUCACACCUGGGAGCUGCCUGCUGUUAGUCCAGCGCUCCUGCUGUUUGUUCACUGAGCAGGUCUGCAAAGAAACUACAAGUGAAAGGGAAAAAAAAAUCCCCCUUUAACACUCCUUAGAGGUGUUAAAGUGUAUCAUUAAAGACUCCAUUGCUGUCAGAUCUUUGAGCCUGGUAUUUGGCUAAAUCAGCUUCCUGACAGCAUGGAGCUUGGGAGUUUGGAGGAAGAAGCUGUCGAAUGGAAGUUUGUAGUCUUAUCUUGCCUUUUUCUAAUUCUGGUUGUGUUUGUUUUACAGUGUUAAAAGUGGUUAGGCUUUUAUAGCAUCUUGUUUUAUCUUUCUGCAAGCUGUAUCUUCCAGGAGGAGAACAACAUAAACAUGUUACAAAACAACUACAGUUUUUCCUCUCUAUAAUCAUGCUCUACUUUCUGUUGACUUGGCUCAUAAAGUCCCAGUAAAAUAGAUUUGAGUUCAUGGCUGUAAUGUUAAAAAUGGUUGAAACAACAACAAAAAACACAAGUUUGAAGUGUUUGAAUCCUAUUGUAAAACAUUGUAAAUAAGGGAAAUAUAUGUCACACAUGCUAUAGUAUUAUAAUUUAAUGUUUAGUAAAUAUGCACCUGAAUAGGCACGUUCUUGCAAUGUAAGCAGGUCAUAACAUUCAGGUGCAAUAUUAUUUCAGGACUUUGUGUGUAAAUCUGUCAGCUUAUAAAGCAAAAUAUGAAUCAAUGUAAUUUCCCGCACGCCAUGUUUUGGGGAGUAUGGUCACAAAAAGACGAGAAAAAAUGUUUUAAAUACCAAAGGAAAAAAAAAAGCUUUUUUGAAUAAACUAAAAAUUGCUUUUCAUGCAUAUAGCCCUAGGGUUUUAAUGCUGCUCUUUUCUCUACUCUGAUCUGAAUUACUUUUUCAGACAAAAGGUGCAAAAAUACCUCCCUCAUAAAUGUGCUAUUUUGUGCUUUGAUGAACGGGAACCAGUAUGCAGAGAUGAGCCCUUCUAGACACAUUAAUCACCAGGAGUAUAGCACCUCACAUUAAGCUGCUUAAAUGCGGAUUAUCACUGUUUAUUCUCCUCUAAGAGCCUCCGUUUUCAUGCCUGGAUAGGCUGGCCAAUGAAGCCUCUCAGCACCAAAAUCGAUAGCUGCUCUGGCUUGGUUUGAAUAAAUAUGUAGUGAAACUUGUUUCCUCCCCUCCCCCAAUAUUAUUUCAGUUUGAUCUCCAGUGUUGUGAUUAUGUCACAACAUUUAGACACUUCUGUGCUCCAGGACUGUAGUCCGCAGUGAGUUCUGCUUUAGUCGUUGCUGCUAAAUUGGUUUUUAAGAAGAUUAACAACUGCUGGGAACAAGAGUCAUGAGUGAAAGCAUAUUGACUGUUUACUGCAGCCAAACAAAUUGUGGCUGCUUGAUUUGAAUUUUGCAUAUAGCCUCUGAGCCUGGCUGCUGAUACGAUGUUACUUUUUUUUUCUUUUCAAUAAUGUUCCUUUAGCAAGAGAGACAUUGGUGAAGAAAACAAAAUAAAACUGUCAGCUUAGCAAAAGAGAAGAGAAGAACAAAAGUUCUGCUCUAUCUAAUCUUAUUGUGCUUUGCAUUUUAUGUAAGAGAAAUAGUCCCAAGUUUUUGGAUCUUGUAUCCAUGUUGGAAAUGACAAGUUUAGGGUUGUUUUUUCUUAAACAUAUCCAAUCAAGAGUUCUCUGGCAAGGAGGCAGAUAAGCUGGUCAGUGCUGACAAAUGGCAGAAAAUGGACAGACCUAAGAGCUGAGAAAAACUAACAAAGACUGCAAAUAAGAUGUGAAACCUGAGUGAAGGUUCAUCUUCCAGUAGGACAAAAACACUAACCAUGCCACUAGAGAUACCAUGGGAUGAUAUAGAUCAAAGCUAUUCCUUUGAUAGUCUCAAGAUAAAUCCAAUUGAAAAUCUGUCGUACUACCUGAAACUCGAAUGCACUUCUCUAGUCAAUAUCGCAGUCUACAAAUAUGUAAAUCUAGUAGACUUAGCCUGAAUGAUAUGCAAUCGUUCUGCAGCAAAACAUGGCUCAACAAAUGAUUGAUCAGGGGGUUGAAUACAAAUACAAAUCCAUCUUUUUGUGUCAGAAAUAAAAAUUUUGCUUUCAUAC